UUGUAAAGGGAUGGAGCAGACGAUCAUUGCUAAUCAAUCCAAGUGUGGAGAGAUGCAUCACCAAGACCGGUGCUGUUCUCUCUCAGACAGACAGCAGAUCUGCUGUGAUCGUUUCAGAAAUCUUAAUGGCAGAUUUGAGUAUGAUUCAUCUAGGCAGCAACAGAAGGAGGACAGCAAAGUCCCGGGGCUGAGAGAAUGUCCAGCUGUGUGUUAUUGCACAGGAGACAGUGAGCUCACCCAUGCGUACAUUCAGGAUGAGACUGAUUCCUGCUUGCGUGAUUCUGGAAGUAAUUUUGGAGAAAUGUGUCACCAUCAUCACCAUGUCCACAGUGUCCACAUGGACACAUGUGAUGGCAGAGAACUCAACCCUGAAACAUCUCAUCCUCGAAGUAUGAGUGAAGAGCCAGAACAGAGCGAAGACCCUUUAUGUCCAUGCAGGGCUGUAGAUUCAGGAUGGAGUAGCAACCAGUGGCCAUCUUUACCUCCUCCCUGUUGUCAUGUGGGAAAUGCAUUAGUGGUGGGUGUCGAAGUGGAUGUUUUAGAAGAGGUGGUCUACGAGGACACAGAAAUUGUUCAAACACAAACCAUGUUUGAUGGAUGCCUGGAAGGUCACAUGAUGGACUCCAAUUCAUGUUAUUGUGACCGAUUGUUUUUCAUGUAACUUGAACAACUUGCACUACUCUACUGUGCGUUAUUUUGCAUUAUUAUCAUAUUACUACAUGAAAGUAUUUUUACUGAAAGGUUUGUUCUUGUCAUCUACUGUAUGCAUACUUAUAAUGUCUGCAAUGUCUUUAGAAAAAAAGUGCUAUACUCAGAAUAAAAGUCAGUUUUAUUAUUCAGAGUGCAAUUAAACUUUUAGGACUUCUGAUGGCUUUGUAUUGAAACUACUAAAGCACUGAUUGUCAUUUACCUCAA